GAGAGAGCGACUCGCUUCCCGGCCCUCCUGGCGCCAGCCCCCUGCCCGGGCCCGACCAUCCUGGAGACGCAGUCUGUGGGGGGCGCGACCCGGGCGGGCUGCGAGCGCAGCCGGGCGGCCUUCGCCUCGCGUGCCACGCAUUGGGGGCGCUCGCUGGCAUCGGCCGCCGACGCGGGCUCAGCUUUGGCCGCGUUCUUCCGCGAGAAGUUCUUUUGCGGGGGCGAGACCGGCGACGCGUGGAAGCUAAUGGCGGCCUUCGCCUUCGCGCGCUCGGACCUCGGGGCCCGGUGGGGGCGCCUGCCCAGGGUGGCGCGCGCGGCCGUGGGCUGUGUGAUCUACGCGCGGCUGACGGCGCUGACGUUCGGCCUGUGCUUGCGGCCGCGGGGGGCGCUGGACCUGGCGCAGACGCAGCUCGUCCCGCCGGGGCGCGCCACCGCCGCGACCAUGCGCAGAUGGCGC